AUGAACCUCCAAGGCGAGGGGAAUAAUCUGACGUUUUUGGUUGGUGGAAAACAAGCUUUUGAGGUGUCUCUGGCUGAUCUUUCGCAGACUCAGCUUCAGGGGAAACAUGACGUCUUGUUGGAGUUUCAUGUUGAUGAUACUGCUGGUGCUAAUGAGAAAAACUCAUUGAUGGAGAUAAGUUUUCAUAUUGGACAUGUGAUGAACAAAAUGUGA